AUGGAAAACUUUGAGAAAACAACGGAAGAAACUAUUAACGAUGUUGACUACGGCAUCCUGCGUUCCGUGGCCAAGCUCCAGUCGCACAUCGGCGACCUGGAGCGCAGCGUGUACCACCCGCUGGUGACACUCUUCACGGACGGUGCCCUGCACGCGGAGUUGGCCGCGUACGUAAAGUACAUCCGCGAGCUGCCGGAUAACGACUUUGGUGGCGCAGGUGGCGCGGUCGAACCGGAUUGGGAGGACCAGGAGUUGGAUUACGAGAUUCGGGAGCUGCAGCUGUUUAUCCAGAACGCGAAGGACGCCGUGCGGGAGCUGGUGGGGGAGGAUGGGCCGGAAGGAGUUCGGGAUGUGGACGAAAUUCACCGCAAGACAAGCGAAACCAAAGAGGAGUACAGGAAGACGGUCGAGGAGAAGCGGGAACUGCUGGCCUCGAUCGCAGAGCGGAAGAAGGAGGCCAAGCAGCGACGGCACGACCUGGAGAUGGUCAAGGAAGGACUCAAAGCACAACUGGAGGAAUCUACCUCGACCAACAAGAAGCUCCAGCAGGAAUCGACCAAGCUGCAGCGCGAGCUGGACCUGCUAAAAUCACGGCUAGCCCGGAAGAAGGGUUCCCCCGCUCCUCGUCGCCACAACUGGACCUCGCUGUAUCCUUCAGAGGAGAAGUAA